UCCUCCACAUUUCUACCAUGUUGCAUUUAAGUAAGGGGGAUUUUGUAUGGCUGGACACCGAUGCUGUCCUGCCGAUCGGGGCAGAAGUAAAGGUUACGGACACAGGACAGCUUAAGCUGAUUGAUGACUGCGAAAAGGAGCACAAGAUCAGCAAAAAGAUGGAGGGCAGUAUUCGGCCAAUGCACCCCACCUCUGUGAAAGGUGUGGACGACAUGAUACGGCUGGGUGACCUCAACGAGGCCGGGCUGCUCAGGAACCUGUUGGUGCGACACAAAGAAGGCCUCAUCUAUACAUACACAGGCUCCAUUCUGGUGGCGGUGAACCCUUACCAGCUGCUGCCCAUCUACACCACCGAGCAAGUGCACAUGUACACGGACCGGCGGCUGGGCGAACUGCCCCCCCACGUCUUCGCCAUCGCGGACGCCUGCUUUUUCAACAUGCGCCGCAACAAAAAGAACCAGUGCUGUGUCAUCAGUGGAGAGUCCGGGGCGGGAAAAACCGAGAGCACCAAGCUGAUGCUGCAGUUCCUGGCUGCCGUGAGCGGCCAGCACUCGUGGAUCGAGCAGCAGAUUCUGGAAGCAAACCCCAUUCUUGAAGCCUUCGGUAAUGCCAAAACCAUUCGCAAUGACAACUCCAGUCGAUUUGGAAAGUACAUUGACAUCAACUUCACAAAGAACGGAGCCAUCGAAGGGGCCCGUGUUGAGCAGUACCUGCUGGAGAAGUCCAGAGUUUGCCGUCAGGCACCUGAGGAGAGAAACUACCAUAUAUUUUAUUAUAUGCUGAUGGGCAUGACACCAGAACAGAAAAAAAUCCUCUCGCUUGGGAAGGCCGAUGAGUACAAGUAUCUGACCAUGGGUAAAUGCACAACAUGUGAAGGACGCGAUGAUGUCAGUGAGUUUGCUCACUUCCGUGCAGCUCUGAAGAUCCUCAUGUUCACGGAAUCUGAUUCCUGGGAGAUCUUGAAACUUCUCGCGGCCAUCCUUCACCUGGGCAACGUGAACUUUGAGGGCACCAACGUAAACAACCUGGAAGGAUGCAACGUGGAUCCCAAAGCACUGGAGAAAAGUCUCACUCAGCGCUCUGUCACCACCACCAGAGAGACCGUGACCAAACCUUUAACCUCCGGCCAAGCUGUCGACGGCAGGGACGCCUUUGUCAAAGCUAUCUAUGGAAGACUUUUCAUCUGGGUGGUGGAAAAAAUCAACUCCGCCAUUUACAAGCCGCCAGAGGAGGACAAAGAGCCCCAGCAGUCGAUAGGCCUACUCGACAUCUUUGGCUUUGAGAACUUUAAAAAAAACAGGGCACAGAUGCCACCAUGAUCCAAAAGAUGAAUCAGGUUCAUGCGAAAGGGAACAUCUACAUCCCUCCAAAGAAUACCCAUGACACUCAGUUUGGAAUCCAGCAUUUUGCCGGAGUGGUCUACUAUGACUCGCAAGGGUUCCUUGAAAAAAACCGUGACACGCUCAGCUCGGAUCUGAUUCAGCUAGUGGAGACCUCCUCCAACAAACUUCUCCGGCAGGUCUUUCGCAACGAGCUGACCCCCAACUCCUCUGUCAUUAAGAACAGUGCCAACCCCAGGAUGACCAUCACCACACCAAAAAGCUCACUCCGGCAAACGGCUGACAACAAGAAGCGCGUGCCAACCCUGACCGGCCAGUUCCGUCAGUCUCUGGAGGCCCUGAUGAAAACUCUGACAGCGUGUCAGCCGUAUUUCAUCCGCUGCAUCAAACCCAACGACUUCAAGAAGCCCAUGCUGUUCGACAGGGAGCUGUGCAUGCGCCAGCUCCGUUACUCUGGCAUGAUGGAGACCAUAAAGAUCCGGAAGGCGGGGUAUCCCGUACGCUACACCUUCGGCGAGUUCCUGGACCGCUACCGCGUCCUCCUGAGGACGUCAGUCUGCGAUCCCAAAAAAGAAAGCAAACAGAAAUGCUGCGAAAGCAUUUGUGAAAGUGUGCUUACGGGAGAAGGGGACUGGAAAACUGGCAAGACAAAGAUAUUUCUCAAGGACUUCCAUGACACAAUGCUGGAGGUUGAGCGAAUGAAGGAGCUUAACAAGAAAGCCCUUUUGAUCCAGAAGGUCCUCAGGGGUUACAAGUACAGGAAACAAUUCCUGCGGAAAAGGGCCGCUGCACUAGUCAUUCAAAAAUACUGGAGAGGACACAAAGGCAGAAAACUGUACAAAGUGGUGCAGCUGGGCUUUGCAAGGCUGCAGGCCCAGGCUCGCUCUCGGAAAAUCCAACUCCAUUAUAAGAGGAGACGGGAGGCUGCUCUCGUACUGCAGACCCAAAUCCGUGGAUACCUGGCCAGGAAGGAAUGGAAGCGCAAGCGAGAUGCUGUGAUUCUGCUGCAGGCACAAACCAGGGGCAUGCUAGCAAGAAAAGCUCUGAAAAGAAUGAAGAGAGAAAUGUACCUCUCUACAAAAGAGAAGGAAGAAGAGCGGCGAGCCAUGCUGGAGAAACAGAAAUACCUGGAGGAAGUGUUGAAGAAAAAGAGAGAGGAGGAUGCCCAAGCACAAUUGGAGUCCAAAAGUGACCAGCAGAUGGUGGACGAUGUCUUUGGCUUCCUUCCCCACAUUAUCGGGGGGCAGGAGGGGCAGGCACCUGUGGGAUUCGAGAACAUUGAAGGGAAACGGACUAUUAUUGAGGAGAUAGACAUAGAUGAGAUUCCAAUGGUUGAAGAUCUUACCCAAGACGAUUACGACGAUCUGGAUGAGUACUCCUUCUCCAAAUUUGCGUCCAUGUAUUUCCAAGGCGCAGCCUCGCACUCCCACAUCCGCGACAGGCUUCGACAGCCACUGCUCUCCCAUGAGGAUGAGGGAGAUGUUCUGGCGUCACUCACGGUGUGGUGGAUUAUCCUGAGAUUCAUGGGAGACCUCCCUGAACCAAAGAAAAAGGCCGUAGUUCAAGGCACUUCCUCACAGGAUCGAUUUCUGGCACAGGACUUGAUCUCCAGACAAGACAGACGUUUUAGCAACAUGGUGGGCCUUGAUCAGAGGAUGCUAAGGAACAAAAAAGAGCCCCAGCCUGCUCCAGUAUCCAAGGACUCAAUGCAGGCAAGAAAGACCUCUGUUUUCACAGACCUUUUGACAAAAAACAGGAAGGGUUCCGCCAUGCCCAGCGACACGGCUCAGAAUCCAAGGGGGUACACUGUACCAGAAGCUAACCCUCGAGCAAGGAAGGGAUCCACGUUCACCGAUCUACUGUCAAGGAACAAAAGAGGCGCUGUUCAGGAAAAUGGGCCACCAAAAUCCGCUUCAAGCAUAAGGAAACCCUCCAUCAUCAUGGAGGAGUCCGACAAUCUAUCCCAAGUGUCUAAGACCAGCACUCUGCAGCCUGUGAGGGAGGGAAGUGAUGUCAUGAUUGGAGAAGGACCCACCUUGGACAGGCCCCUCUCAUCUCUUGAGAAACUGCACAUCAUUGCGUCAUAUGGCAUUAUCAGACGCGAUCUCAGGGAUGAGAUUUACUGUCAAAUCUGCAAGCAGCUUCAGGACAACAACAACCGCAACAGCUACUUCCGUGGUUGGAUCCUGCUCUCACUGUGUUUGGGCGUUUUCCCUCCAAGUGAGCGCUUUUUAAAGUACCUGCAAAGUUUUAUCCGCUUUGCUCCGGAGGGCUACGCUUCCUACUGUGCUGAAAGGCUACUCCGCACAAUCAAGAAUGGAGAGAGGGGGGAACCGCCCGCCUGGCUGGAGCUUCAGGCAACCAAGACCAAAAAGCCCAUGAUGGUGUCUCUUGCACUGAUGGAUCGCCGCUCUAUUAACCUUCCAGUCGACUCAGCAUCUACAUCCAAAGAGAUCUGUCAGCUUGUCUCAAGCAAAAUCAAACUCAAAGACACCUUUGGCUUUUCUCUCUAUGUUGCUAUGUAUGAAAAGGUGUGGGCUCUGGGAAGUGGCCGGGAGCACGUGAUGGAUGCCAUCUCCCAGUGUGAGCAGGAAGUGAAAAGGAGGGGAGGCCAGGAGCAGCACGCUCCAUGGCGACUCUUCUUCCGUAAGGAGGUCUUCACCCCUUGGCAUGACUGCAAAGAGGACAAAAUCAGCACAGACCUCAUCUACAGGCAGAUCAUCCACGGUCUGAAGUUUGGAGAGUACCAGACUGAGAAGGAAGAUGAUAUCAUUGAGCUUGCGGCAAAGCACUUGUACGUCCAAUUUGGCUCAGACAGCAGUCCACAAAAUGUGAGAGAGGCUGUUCAGGAUUGCAUCAACAACAAGCUGCUUGAAGCAAAGUCAGAGGCCAAAUGGGUUCAAAUGGUCAGCACCGCUCAUGCCCAGUUUCAGAGUUCCGCACACAAAGCUGACUCAGUGAAAGCGGAGCUCGUCAACCAUGCCAGAGAGAGGUGGCCGAUGUUCUUCUCCAGGUUCUUUGAGGUGACCAAACUGUCAGGCCCCCCACUGCCAAAGAAAAGUUUCAUAGUGGCUGUAAACUGGACUGGUUUAACGUUCCUAGAUGAAAGGGAGAAGAGACUGUUGGAACUCACCUUUCCAGAAGUCACUGGAGUCAACUUCAUAAAGGAGAGUAAAGUAUCUGGUCAGACUGUUUGUCUGCUGACACUGAAAGGCGACUUCACCCUGAGCGGAUCAACAGCCGAGGACUUGAGCGAGUUGGUUACCAUGUUCCUCAGCGGACUCUCCGAGCGUUCUCAGUAUGCUGUGGCAAUAAAAGAAGUAAUCAGCCAAGAUGACCCUACACUGCUCAGCUUCAAGAGAGGAGAGCUUAUCAUUCUCAUCAAAGACAAUGAGUUUUCUCAGCAGCGUGGAUGGCUAAAGGGUCAAAAUAACAGCACUGGGAAGACGGGAGCAGUCCCAAAUGAGGCCAUUUUAAUCUUGCCAACGCUCAGCAAACCCACCAAUGAGGUCAUGAGCCUCCUCAACCUGUCGCCAAACCAGAGGAAGACCUUAAUACAGGCAAAUCAGAAAGACACCGGCACUAUGGAGCGACUAGCUCCUGCCACACUCAAAGAGUUCUCUCUCGAGUAUUUCAGGCAGCCAACGAAGGACGUGAACCAGCAAGUGAUAUCUAGGAACGCUGCUCCCGAGAGGCUGUGGGCCCACUCAAGAGAGCCAAUCAGACAGCCUCUCCUCAAGAAGCUGGUGGGGCACUCGGAGUAUAGCCACAAAGCGUGUCAGGCUUUCACUGCGAUCCUGAAGUAUAUGGGAGAUUACCCCACCAGGCAGAUGCAGACUUCCCUAGAGCUCACCGACGUAAUCUUCGGCGCCGCCACUAAAAACGAGGCACUCCGAGAUGAGAUCUACUGCCAGAUAAUGAAGCAGAUGACCAGCAACAACAGCAGGUUCAGCAUCGAGCAGGGCUGGCAGCUGAUGUGGCUCUGCUGUGGACUCUUUCCUCCCAGCCAGUCUCUGUUGAAGCACGCUCAGCGCUUUCUGGAGUCCCGUCGCAGAGAGCCCCUCGCCUCCGACUGCCUGCAACGGCUGCAGAGCUCUCUGAGGAUGGAACCCAGAAAGCUACCACCACACCAGGUAGAGGUGGACGCCAUCCAACAGAACAGCACCAAAAUCUUCCACAAAAUUCACUUCCCCAACGACUCGGAUGAGGUAUUUGAGGUAGCGACCAGCACCAGGAUCAGAGAUCUCAUCCAGACCGUUUCCAAAAAGCUGAAGCUGCUUUCAGAAGAUGGCUUUAGCCUUUUUGUCAAAACACACGACAAGGUUUUUAGUUUAAAUGACACUGACUACUUCUUUGACAGUCUGAGACAAAUCACUGACUGGUCCAAGAAAGUCAAGAGGAUCAAAGAUGGUGGGCCAGUCAACAUAGCCUACCUUGUGUUCUUUAUGAGGAAGUUGUGGUUUAAUGUGGUCCCUGGCAGAGACAUAGAGGCUGAUCUUAUCUUCCAUUUCCCUCAGGAGUUGCCCAAGUAUCUCAGAGGCUAUCAUGUUUGUAGUAGAGAGGACAUGGUGAACAUCGCAGCUCUGCUCUUCAGGGUAAAAGUGGGAAGUGACAAGAACCAAUUUGUCACCAUUCCCAAGAUGCUGAAGGAGCUGGUGCCUGCUGACUCACUUAAAGCCCUGUCUGAAAACGACUGGAAGAAGAGUAUUGUCACCAUGUACAACAAACAAGGUGGAAUGAGUGUUGAUGAGGCAAAAGUGGCGUUUCUGAAAGUGGUUUGCCGCUGGCCGACAUUUGGCUGUGCUUUCUUCGAAGUGAAGCAAACAUCUGAGAAAAAAUUCCCGGAUAUCGUGCAAAUAGCCAUCAGCAAGCAAGGAGUUACGAUCAUUCACCCAAAAACCAAGGAGGUGCUGGACAAUCAUCCUUUCAACCGCAUUGCGAACUGGUGCAGUGGAAGCACUUACUUUCACAUGACUGUUGGCAGCUUGGUCAAGGGCAGCAAAUUCCUUUGUGAAACUUCACUGGGUUACAAGAUGGAUGAUCUAAUAACUUCGUAUGUCAACAUGUACCUGAGGGAGCGGAAGGCGAUGCAAACCAGGAACCAGCGCUUCGACAUGUGAAGACAGUGGGGCAAGAGUUUAUGUCGGUGUUUUGAAGGAUCAGUCAAAUGUGUCUGUGCUAUUUGUUUUUAAAAAAUUGAUUGAUUUAUUUCUUUAAACUAAGUGGAAGUCAAUUUCUUGAAGGAAAAGUUCUAAAGCCAUUUAAUAUGUAAAUGUCCAUGCACUUAUAUAGCGCUUUUCUAGUCAGGUUCACUACUCAAAGUGCUCUACACUACGUGGUAUUCACCAUUCACACACUGGUUACACCAGUGGGCACACCAGAUGCUUGGGGUUCAGAGCCUUGCCCAAGGACUCUUCGACAUGUGGCCCUGGAGGAACAUGGAGCUAAACCACUGACCCUCCAAUCGGUCAGCAAUUGCUCUUUCCUCCUGAGCCACAGCCGCCCAACCAAGCAAAGCAGCAAGUCUCUACUACUGCUUUGCUGCUCUCUUGUUUCCAGACUGGAUGGUUGCACUCUGCACUGUGUGUGUGCUCUUCCGCACUCUGGUUGUCUUUGUUCUGUUCUUCUGAAACCCAUGGAAUCCCAAUUACAGAGAAAAUUGUGUCACAUUGCGCAAUAAUGCACAGCAAACAAAGGCAUCGUGGACUCAGUUUUAGAUGAUUUCAUUGGGAAAUAUCAAUACUGUGAACCCAACCCAAACAUAACAAAUGCUGUUAAUUCGGUAGUAACAAUAAAUUCAAUAAGUAAAGCUUAAUUCUUUCCUUUAUUGCUUCAAAAAAUAAACUUAACUGGUGAUGACUGACCACUAUGUGAAGCAGCAAACUAGCUUCCUCACACCUGUGGAAGAGGAGAAAGAAGGGCUGCAGGCUCUGUUGUAUGUGGGGCGUUUGCAUUUUCAGAGUUGGUUGAAAACCAGAGGUCAAGAGUAACAUGCAGGCCAUUUGGAGAGAAACAAACUCAUCAAAGGAUACAUUUGUAUUGAGCAUAUAGGGCUUAAAUCGGGGCACACAGUAAGGAUUAAAAGAUCAUAAUUCUUCAAGCAUUUGCUUGGAGGUUUUGCUCACAUGGGCUGGAUUGCAGUUGUCUGUAGUUUAAAGACAGGCUCUAUCAUGAAAAAGGAUCUACAAGUGCCCAGCAAAAGUCACAAAUGCUGAAUGUAAAGUGAAAUUCCUUUUUUUUUUGUUGCAAAUCGUCGAAUCCUUAACCAAACAUUGCUUACUUGUCUGUUGGCUAGCUUUCGGUCUCUUUUGCUGCCUUUGUUGGAACUUUGUUAAGCUUCCGUGGGGCCCACUGCCUCCGACUAUUGAUAACUGGAUUGUUGUGAAACCAGCCUCACAGGGUGAAGUGCCCCCCCUCCACUCGCUCAUGUACUACAUACACAAAAGUAAAACCCGCUAAUUGAAACAUUGCUCGUGAAACGUUGCAUCGUUUGUUUAUUCAAUGUACCUACGGCCACAUUCAUUGAUGAGAUCAAAUAAAACCUUUUUCCUAUUGAAA